UGGACUCUGUCAAAUGUCAGACGGCAUUCCUUUAACAACUUUAACGAAUUUUAAUGAUUCAUCUACUCUGUGGCAAAACGGUGUUCAGAACACCGUGUUCUACGCAGCAUAUCUAACUGUUUACGUUAAAAUUUAUUAUUUAUCACGAGGGAAAUGACCUAAAAGUAUUUCAAAUGUACAGUCCAUCAAAAUUUAUUAUUAAAUGAGACUGAUUUGUGCGUAAUCGAGCUAAGUUGAUUCUUUUGACACUACAUAAGCGAAUACAUUAUAAUGGAUCUCUUUAAGCAGGGCAUGAAGGGUCCUGCGAGGCCAGCUCCUGCUGUACCAAAUAUUGCGGUGAACAGAUAUUCGCCUGUAACAAAUUGGAAUGAUGAUCCUUUUGGUGCUGAUGUCUUUGAACCAGUGCCUAAUACUCAAAAGAAGAAGCCACCACCUCGUCCACCACCACCUAACAUAUCAAAACAAUCGGAUGCCUCAGCUAAGCCUACCCAUUUUAUACGUAAGCCAACGGUCCUCUCAGCGCUUUUAUCUCGGAAAGGAAAAAAUACAGUGAAUAACCCAAGUGCAACUAUCCAACAAAACACUUUUAUCAAUUUUAACAGUGAAGUGGAUACGAAUAAAAUAUUUCCAAAAUGUGAUAAGACAAAUGUGCAAACGGGGACGUUGAUAGAUCUGUCGUCUCCGCCCAGCUCACCUACCUUCACAACUAGGUCCAGCAGUGAUGGUGUGAGUGUAGACAGUUUCGGAUCGGAUGCUACAACAUCGACCAACCAUCACAAUCCGCUUAGCUGUGGAAAUGCAUCGCAAGCUGAAAGUGGUUUUGAAGAUGAUUUUGAUCUCUUCCUACAUUCUAGAAAACCGAUGAAUAAAGAAGAUACGUUGGAUGAUUUUUCAACAAUAGAUCCAUUUUCACCUCCACUUCCUACUAAGCCUCCAGUGAAAAAGUCAACAUUCUAUUCUAACUCUUCUGAUACCUUAAGUAACACUAAUAGCCAGUAUUCAGCUUUACCAUUAAAGGGACCAACAAUUAUUCGUGCCAAGCCUGCGAGACCAAAACCACCAGAUAAUUCAGCAAUAUUAAAAAGUACUUUUGGUAGUAAUUUCCAAAGUAUCUCGAUGAAUGUGAACACGACAACUCCAAUUCAGAAAAUUAGCAAUGGCUUUAUGGAUAAUGACUCAAAGGCCUUAAAUUGGGAACAUGAAGAAUCUCCGGAAAGGGAAUCAACGCCUCCUAUGCCUACCAUACCGCCCCCUCCUCCGCCACCGAUCAUUGAUGAUGACCUGCCAGUGGUGUGGCCGGAUGAUAUUCAAGAAUUAGAAUCACCUGAAGUAUCAGAUGAAGAAGAGGAACCUUACGCCAUUGCACUUUUCGAUUAUUUCACCGAUCAUCAAGAAGAUUUAUGUUUUUCUGCAAAUUCAAAAAUUACACUCGUCAGACGAGUUAACGACGAAUGGAUGUAUGGAAGAUUGCGUAGUGGUGCAGAAGGUCUAUUCCCGUCCAAUUAUGUAGAGGUCAAGGUACCUCUACCGAACGAAAGCCCAUCGAGUAUUGGUCAAGCGAUAGCUCUAUACGAUUUCAAUCCAGCGCAACCAGGCGAUCUAAGUUUCAGUGUAGGCGACAAGAUCACGGUCCUUUCGAAAAUAAGUAAUGAAUGGUACUUCGGCGACUGUAAUGGGCUUAAGGGACAGUUUCCCGCCAACUACGUGCAAAUGAGUUAGUCAAAAUAUUUUGUAUAAUGUCUUUUACCGCGUAUAUUAGAAGCAAAUAAUAUAAAAUUCUCCUGUCAAUUGGUAAUUAUUAUUAAAAGAGGCCAUACAACUGUCCAAUUAUAUUGUUAAAUGUGAUAUGAAAGUAGGAACUUAACGAAGACUGAUUUUAAUGUCUCGUAUUUUUUUCUAACAUCCUUUUUUUUAUGGAAUAGGUACGUAUAGUGGAACGUCCAGUCCUUAUGUAAGGUAUCUGUUAUGAUGUUAUCACAAAUAGUCCAACACUUAGUGCAAUAAUGCUAUUUUAAAAGUAGGCAUAUAAUAGAAAUGAUGUAAAAUAACGCUACGUGUGCACUUGUCAUUGUUAAAGCCAUUAACAUAAUGUACAAUGAUCGAAUUGCGUUUAUCGCAUUAUUGCCAUAAAGGAUACUGAAUUAGCUUUAUUAUUGUCUGACCUAAUUACUGAAACAGCUACUGUAUAUAAAAACUAGCAAUUAAAUGACUAAUUGUAAAUAUUUCGCUUGUAUUAUGUGGUUUGAUAUUAUUUUGUUAUGGUUGUGUAACGUUCGAUCGAUCUGAAUUAUGAAUAUGUAAAUGUACUUUUAUAAUUAUU